AUUAUAAAUGCAUUUGCAAAUUUUUUUUUUGAUUGCAACUAAAUAUGCAAGCGCACAUACCAGUAUUAAUUACAAAAUUAAAGAAAAGAGCAAAAAAUAUAUGGAAAAAAAUCUUUAAAAAGACCACAAUUUUAUUCAGUGUUUAGUAUCCUAUUGGAGAAUUACUUGCAUAUUAAUUAUUCAUUUGAAGAGUGAAACAAUGGGAAAAUUGAACGCUACCUUUUGUGUUUUUUUAAUUGUUGCCGUUUCUACAGUCCUUUCGGCAAACAAUAGAAACAAUAAAAUAGAAUUGGAUAUGUUUUCGAGACCAUUUUAUGAAAAAGUUGAAAAUCGUUUAAAUACUGCAGCUCUUACACCAGAACAAAAAGAAAACGCAAAAGAAAUCCUCCGUAAAACUAAAGAAAAUUUAUAUCAGUGUGAGCAAUCAUAUAAACCUGAUCUUGAGAAUAAUACAAAUUUUAGAGCUUGUGCAGGAAGAUCUAUUGGUUUAGCAAUGUCUCAAUUCGGAUAUCUUGAAAUGAUAAGUAGACCUAAUUUCAGAGAAAAUAAAAGAAAUAAUCAUCAUGAAUAAAAUUUAACAAAAUUGUAAUAAGUAUGUAUGUAAAAGAACAACUCUUAACAAAGUAUAAAUAUAAAGUAAGCAUUCAAAAUAUAUUAUUAAUUUAA